GUUGACCGGGACCCAGCUUCUUUCUUUGAGUUAUUAUUUCAUCUCCUGUGGCCGGGCUUCGAUCCAAACCGUUCGGCUCGAUGUUAGGAUAGGGUUUUUUUUUCAGAGCUUUUCGAGCUAAUUACGUGGGUUUAAUAUUGGCCUCCAGGCCGCGUUAAUGUGACAGCAGCAUCAGAGCACCGAGCUGUUAAUGUGCUCACUGCCUUGUAUCCACCGAAAAACAUGACUUUCUUAGAUUUGGGUCUUGACCUCAUCUCCCCAGCCCCCCUUUCCCUUCCUGCAGUAUUCCCCCAUGUUCAAUGUGAUAGAAGGACUUGUGUUUACAUAGCGUCUUUCACCACCUCAAGGCAUCCCAAAGCGCUUUGGAGUCACUGUUGUAAGGAAGGAAACUUGGCAGCUAAUUUCACUGCAGGCUCACCUGUUUUCAAUGUUGGUUCAAGGAAAAAAUAUUGAUAGGACACUGGGAACCCUUUUUCAUAAUCUUUCAAGGGGUGUGGGAAAGGUGUGCGGGGGCGAGUCUAGGACAAGACGACAAGACCUCAAAAUCAGAGCCAGGUCGUUCAGUAGAGAAGCUAGGAAACAUUUCUUCAUAGAAAUUGAGGAAAGCUUCCACAAGAGCAGCAGAUUUCCUGCAUUGCAACAUUUCACUUCAUUGAAGUAUGGACAGCGGGAUCGAAGAUAGUCUAAUUAAGAGACGGUUUGUGACUGAAGCUGAAUUAGAUGAAAGACGCAAACAAAGACAGGAAGAGUGGGAAAAGGUUCGAAAACCUGAAGAUCCAGAAGAGUGCCCUGAGCAGGUUUAUGAUCCUCGAUCGUUAUAUGAAAGGCUUCAAGAGCAGAAAGAUAAGAAACAAGCAGAAUUUGAGGAGCAGUUUAAAUUCAAAAAUAUGGUAAGAGGCCUAGACGAGGAUGAAACAAACUACCUUGAUGAAGUUUCCAAGCAACAGGUGCUCUUAGAGAAGCAACGCAGGGAUGAAGAUGCUAAAGAACUGAAAGAAUACAGAAGUGCCCGCACAAAGCUUGCAGCAAACACCGAAUCUAAAAAAGAAGCUGAGAAGAAAGUGGUUGCUAAGCCAGCAGAAAACAAGAGCAAGUUCUCUCAAGCAAAGCUGUUAGCUGGAGCUGUAAAACGCAAAAGCUCAGCAAGCUCUGAAGUUGUCAAAAAACAGAAGGUAGAUAACAUCGAUGGAAGUGGUCAUGAUGAUGGUGACUCCUGUGAUCAAGCACAGUCUGAUUUCUUAACUGGUACCGCAAUCCAACAUCCUUCAGCAUCUGUGUGUGUUGGAAUACUCCCUGGCCUUGGAGCCUACUCGGGGAGCAGUGACUCAGAUGCAGAAUCCAGCUCUGACAGUGACAUUAUCAUCAGCACUGGAGGUCGAAUCAUCUCAUCAGUCUUUCGUUCCCACCCUUUUCCUGAAAGCCCGUGAAGCUGAAAUAUUCAAGAGCAGCGUUUUAUUUGUAUAGAGGUGGUUUGCAAUACAGAGGUUCCUGUAUAAAAUGGUAAAGAAAAAGUUUGUUUUGGACUGCUUUACCUCUGGCAAUCAUAUGUGAAUGCAAAAUUUCGCAGCCCUGAUUCAAAAUCUGAUUAGGUAUUGUAGCAGGCCACUGCAUGUUUAACCGUAUAGAGGUGAGUGUCUUGGGUCUUGAAUCCAAGGGUGAGAUACGUUGUUGAAUAUUGUCAACAUUUUAAGUGUAAAUAAUUCUUUUUACACUCUCAUGCUUAAAACAGCUACUUGUAAGUUAAGACAAUGGAACUGCUAACUAUACUUUGGUUGUUAAUAUACAGCUAUGGAUGAGUUAGAGUACCUAUGUAUCAUUGCUGUGCGUCAUUUAAGAAGUGAAUAAAUUCUCUGUUACUCCACAAUGCUUCUAUUUUUGUAUGCUUUCUAUCUUAUGUAGAUUCCUUUUGCUACUUAACCAACUGUGUGCCUGCUAAAUGUACAGCCUCUUUCCUGAUACCACGGGAGCAAAGUGCCCCACCAUUGGGUCCUUUCAACACGGAAUGCCAUGAAAACCAAAGAUAAAAGCAAAAUACUGUGGAUGCUGGAAAUCUGAAACAAUAAUAGAAAAUGCUGGAAAAACUCAGCUAGUCUACCAGCAGCUGUGGAGAGAGAAACAGAGUUAACGUUUUGGGUCCGUAGGGUCAUAUGGACUAAAAGCAUUAACUCUUUCUCUCGCCACAGAUGCUGCUAGAUCUGCUGAGUUUUCCCUGCAAUUCCUGUUUUCAUGCCAUGAAAACCAUGAUUGGGAGUGGCCAUGCAAGAUAACCCCAGAAUUCUGUCCAUUGGCCUGUGUGGACUUCUCAGACAGACCUUUUGAUUUUUGACAGUCUCCCUUCCUGUGGAAAAAGCAUGUUGUCUUCACUUGAUUUGGCUCUGCCAUCACCACUGGAAGCUUUCUACAUGAUGAAGUGUAAAGAUGAGCCUGCUCAUAACUAACUUGCUGCUCCACUUCAGUGCUGCAAACCUCUAUAACAAUUUGUGUGUUUGCUUUAAGAAAAAUAGGCAUAAAGGGGUAGUCACAAUAAAUAUGGUGCAUUUCACAUCCUUAGGACGCUCCACAGUGCUUCACAGCCACUGGAUUAUUCAUGAAGUGUAGUCACUGUUGUUUUGCAGGAAGGUGUGGCACUCAAUUUGCAUACAGCAAGUUCUCAAAAAGAACAAUGAAAUAAAUGAAAAGUGAAUCUGUUUUGAAUGGUGUUGUCUGAAGGCUAAAUGUUGGUCAGGACACCAGAAAAAAUCUGAUCCUUCACUUCAAUAAGUGCUGAGAGAUUUUUUGUUGCAAAAUCAAAAUAUUGUGGAUGCUGGAAAUCUGAAAUGAAAACAGAAAAUGUCGAAAAUAUUCAGCAGCAUCUGUGGAGAGAAACAAUUAACAUUUCAGGUCGAUGACCUUUCAACACCACAGAGUCCGAUGAAAGACCUUUUUUUUAUACCUUCAUUGGAACAAGCAAAUGGGUCCUUGAUUAGCACCUCACCUGAAACACAACUUCUACAAGGUAGCCUUCCCUCAGUACUGCACUGAUGUAUCAAUCUGGAUUAUGAUCUGAAGUCUUCAAUCCAUGAUUUUCUGGGUGGGAGUGCUUCCCUUGAGCUAAGCUCAAUUAUAUCUUGGACCUGCUUUAAGUGGAUUUACCCAUGUGCAGUUGUUCUAAAGUUACUUUGGUAGCUUUAUGAUACUGGCUUUAGUCCUCCCUGAUGUUGGGUUAAAUUGUGUGAAAGUUAAUUGCUGCCCUGUAAAGAGAGUCUGAGAACUAAAAAAAACAAAACGGCAGUACAAAUGAGUAUUGCUGGUAGCCCAUGACUAUUUACAUGUGGUGCUUCACUCCAGAAAUAAAUUAACUUUUUUUGUUAUAUAGGUUUGAUUUCUCAACCAUUGUGAUAUGAAUGCUUGGUUUUACUGUAUUACAGAUAUAGUGGGCACUUUUUGAAAAAAAAUGUCAUUUUUUGGAAUGCCUGACUUGCAUUUAAAAAAAAAAUCUUGAGCUUUGGGUGAUGCACUGAGGCCAUUCUCAUCAUUGACUUUGGAACUUUGUACACUUAUGCUGAAAUCUGCUUUCAGAAUUAUAAGGGUUGAAUAUAUUUGUGAUAUAUUCACGAUCUGUGUGAUUUCAAUGCCAUAUUUUUUGAACAAAUGUUGAUAUUACUGUUAGCGCAAAUCACAUAUAUUUUUAGCCCUAGUAUAUGCUAGUUUAAAAGCAUUCAUUUGAAUAUGUAAAUUGAGAACUAUAGAGAGCAAAAGUACUUAAGUAAUAAAAACUGAUCUAAAAGUG